UCUAGGAGCCGAACACCACCACAUCGCAGUUGUUGUUAGAGUCUCUCGACAAGAUGUCUGUCGGCGAACUCUUCGCGGACGCGCAACGCUCCCUCGUCGGGCACAAGUCUCUUGCGAAGCGACUGCGCCGGCUCGAGAACAGUCCCAACUUCGAAGCGCACGUCAAGCAAUGCGUCUUUCGACUGCUGGACGUCAGCAAAUCCGAAGUCGCCGGCAAUCGAGUCAUCAAGUUCCUUUCCAUCUAUCUCGAGUCGGCAGAUGCAUCAAGCCGAACCACAUCCUCUAUUCUGCUCGCGUUACUGCCCUUCCUAUGCGCGAAAGACAAGACAGUGCGGUACAGAGCAACACAGAUCAUCUCUCAGAUUCUGGGAGUGCUAAGUGCAAUUGACGAUGAUCUAUACAAAGUGAUCAGACAUGAGUUGAUUAAGCGUCUGCGCGACAAGGUUCCUGCGAUCCGUCUGGAGGCCGUUCUCGCUUUGGGGAGACUCGUUCUAAAUGAAAUGGAAGAGGAGGACGAAGAGCAAGAUUCGGAUGAAGAUGUCGCGCCGGGUUUGCUGGAGAAACUUCUCGAUGUGCUGCAAAAUGACACCAAUGCUGAUGUCCGGAGAGCACUUCUUCUGAAUCUUCCGUUGACGCCGAAAACAUUGCCAUACCUGCUGGAACGGGCGAGAGAUCGCGAUGCGCCGACUAGGAGAGCACUGUACUCACGGCUGUUGCCUAAAUUGGGCGACUUCCGCCACUUGUCGUUGUCGAUGCGAGAGAAGUUGUUGAGAUGGGGAUUGAGAGACCGCGACGAGAAGGUCCGUCAAGCUACAGCUCGUCUGUUCAGGGAGCGCUGGAUAGAAGAUUGUGCUGGGUCGAGGGUCGAGCAGACUAUCGUCGAUGACGCAGAUCAACCGAAAGAGAAAGUCGGUUUCUACGACCCUGAUAUUGCGGCAUUGUUGGAAUUGCUGGAAAGAAUCGACACUCUGAACACGGGCAACGAAACUGGUAUUGCCAGAGAAGCCAUGAAGGAGUUUUGGACUGGUCGACCAGACUACCUUCAGGCAGUGUCCUUUGAUGACGAGUUUUGGGACAAUCUGACCCCCGAGUCUGCUUUCAUGGCACGAACUUUCAAUGACUAUUGUCAACAACAGCAAGAGCCCAAGUACCAAGCCAUGAUCGAGGAGAAGAUGCCUGAAGUCACUCGCCUUGGAUUCCACCUACAGAAACACAUCAACGAGCUUUUGGUCAGAGUGCAGGCCGCUAACGAGACCGACACUGACGAGAAGCUCGCCGAACAAGCCGAGCAAGAAUUCAUCGUCGAGCAACUUCUCUACAUUGCGCAGACCCUAGACUACACUGAUGAGGUCGGCCGGCGGAAGAUGUUCUCUCUACUUCGUCACGCCCUUUCAAUGGCAGAUCUCCCAGAAGAAUGCACCAGGCUUUGCGUGGAGGCACUGCGACUGGUCUGCAACCGGGAUGCAGCGGGCGAGAGGGAAUUUACUUCUGUUGUCCUCGAAGCCAUCGCCGAAGUGCACGAUAAUAUCGCCUCUGACGACCCUGAGGAUGAGGUGCCUGACAACGACGACGAAAGCUUCGUCUCGGCUCGCAGCGAAGUCAGCGACCACUCGUCUGAUUCGACGCCUACGAACGGCGGCGUCAGCAACGGCAAGAAGAACAAGAACAAGAAUCUGUCAGAAGAAGAGCAGGAGGCGCAGGCCAUCAAGGAGAUUGUCAUCAACAUGAAAUGUCUGCACAUCGCGCAGUGUAUGCUUCAGAACGUCGCUGGCAAUCUGCAGUCCAACAUCCACCUGCGCACGAUGUUCGAUAACCUCGUCAUCCCUGCUGUGCGGUCUCAUGAAGUCCUUAUCCGCGAACGCGGUGUCCAGUGUCUGGGUCUGUGCUGUCUGCUUGAACCGAAAUUGGCCGACGAAAACAUGCGACUGUUCACGCAUUUGCUCAAGAAGGGCCAUGAGACGCUGCAGGUCAUGUCGCUGCAGAUUCUGUGCGAUAUCCUGAUGGCGCGAGGCCCGGCUCCUGUUGAUGGUGGUGCGGCUGCUGCACCGACGUCGCCGAAUACUAGCGGCGGCGAGAUCGAGACGAGUACCACGAACAACAAUCACCACAGUCAAAAUAUGACGAGCAUGCUUGCGCCGUUCAUCAAGGCCUUGUCCCAGAAUUGUCCGGAGGAAGUGCGCGCCACGGCUACGACGAGUCUGUGCAAGCUUAUGCUGUGUGGGUUCUACAAGGACAAUGAGGAGUUGUUUGACCAGAUUGUCGAGAGGGCAAUGCAAGUUACAGCUAAGGGGUGGGAGUUGCUGGAGAAGGUUAAGAACGCUGUCGUCGUGGAUAGAGAGAAGGAAAAGGAGAAAGAGGGCGUGACCGUGAUUGGAGCUACAAGGUUGAGCACUGAGGGCAUCGGCAGCAGCACACCAGGGAGGCCCAGCGUUACACCAGGAAGAAAGAGUGGCAUCACACCAGGCCGAAGGAUCACAACAGGGAGAAUGAGUGACGAAGGGUUGGAUAUAUCGGCAUGAUGCUGCAUCACCAUGACCUGGAAAUGAUAUAUUGUAGCAUAUUCAAUCGGUGUUUCGCGUUUUGAGCCCAGGGUAUCACAAUUCUUUUUGACGCAUGCCGCCACGACGUUGUCUUACAAAAUACCCUGCUUUUGCAGAUCCAAGUAGAUCCUCUCGGGCAUGACGUUGCCCUCUCCAUCCUCCAUUUGGACAACUCCGUCCUCUUUACUCUCCUUGUCGCGCUUCUCCCGCUUGAUCUUCUCCCACAGAUUCAACGCCUCUUGAAUUCCGGUGAUCUCGCGGAACAGACUCAACCCGCCGGUGCCUUGGCCCGUGAUGCCCA